CUCAAUCAUGGGCCCAAGUCCCUUGUGAUGCUACACACAACCAGCGGCACUCGGCACCUCGCCCAUGUUAUCAAAGUGGGACUUGCCGACGCCUUUCCAAGCUUCGUCUGGCGAAUGCCACGGGCGAGCGUGAUCUCGUGCUGGCAGCACGGUUCCCAAAGCGGCUCGUCCAUGCAAAGGGAGAGAGAUGAUCAUCAGCUUGAGUUUAUCAUGUCGGGAACCGAAAAAAAUAAUUGGUCAUGCCAAAUCCACUUUGUAUGUGACUUUCGGCACUUUCAUCUUCGAUUCGAAGAAAGAAAACUUGGAAGGCAAAGAGAGAAAAAGAACAGGCCAUCAUCCAUACCUUGCGACGGCAAGCCUGACGAUUCGCUGGGCUUCCAGGCAGCCUUGUCCCUGCAGUCUCCGUUCGGUCCGUCCCCAUGUCGCGAUCGCUGUUGGGCCUUGCCCGCACCCCGGAUCGGCCGACUGCCGAGAGCUGUCGGCAUCCGGACGGGUCUUGUCGCGAUCGAGGGCGGGAUGGGGCAAAACCUGGAUUGGGGAUCGACUGCCAUCUGAGUUUGUUCGUGCGAAUUUGGAAAUGAUCUUGAGACGCCUCGUCGUCAUUGAGAGUCGACUCGCGCUGAUGAAUCAAGCUCUAGUGUCCGGGAGGCUUUCUGCAGUUGUCGAGAAUUCGGGAACACUGGCUCUCAGCCUCGGCGUCGUUCCCCACAAAACAGAGGCCACCGAUAUUGAGAAUACAAGGGACCGGGAAAGCGCUGUCAAACUAAAUUUCCGAUCAAAUCUCCUUUUCUUGUUGCUCUCGGUACUCCGACGGCAAACGGGGCGCCAGCUCGGAGCAACAUAAGAGCGCCUGAGAAUGCAAAUGUCAUCAUGGCUCCCAUCUGAGACAUUGCGUCCUCGGCAAAGCUUAGUGUUCCCAGUUUGUUCAGCUCGCGGAACGAGCUAGCCACCACCAGCAAUCAGUGGGACGGUCACUCAAGAGGGAUCGCUAGUCUCGAUUGAGAAUUGAAAUCUCCUAGUUUACACCACAUGGCGGUUUGCACGGCGUCGGGAGGUUGGCAAAGGGAAAGAUAUAGUAAGCUACUUCGGGUACCUAGAUGAACGCGAUAAUGCAGAGGUGUUCACCUGUCACUCGUAGGUAACACCGUCGCUGAGGGGGCCAUGUUGUUCCGGUCUUGCUUUGAAGAAUUGUCGGCGUGCGCCAGGGGCAGCACAAUCCGUGCAUUUCAAGAUUGAGACAACG